GUACCAGUAUAAGAAUUUUGGACUUACAUAUAUAUUUUGCAUCCAAUGAGUAGUACUAGUUCUUCAUUGAGCGAAAAGGCUGCAACUAAAGCCACCGUUAGCAAUGGUCACAUUCACUCAUUUGUAGGAUGUAAGGGAGAAAAGCUCAAUUUUGCAGUCGCAGUUCUUGCAGGGGUUGGCUUUUUGCUUUUUGGAUAUGAUCAGGGUGUCAUGGGUAGUCUUCUUACAUUGAAAUCAUUCACAGAAACAUUCCCCGAAAUGGAUACUGGGGGAAACUCUGCCCUUCAAGGUGCAGUUAUUGCCUUGUAUGAAAUAGGGUGUAUGGCAUCUGCGCUCUCAACUAUGUACUUUGGAGAUAAGUAUGGAAGACUUAAAUUGAUUUUUAUUGGUUCCAUUAUCAUGUUGAUCGGUGGUGCACUUCAAGCAUGUGCGUACAAUAUAACACAUUUAACAAUCGCUCGUAUUGUGACUGGGCUUGGAAAUGGGUUUAUCACAGCUACCGUUCCCAUCUGGCAAGCUGAAGUAGCAAAGCCUAAAAUGAGAGGUAAACUCAUCAUGUUACAAGGUUCACUUAUUGCACUCGGAAUUACUAUCUCAUACUGGGUUGAUUUUGCAUUUUACUUUUUAGAUGUGGAAGGUGCGCUGUAUAGAAAUGUAUCUUGGAGAUUCCCUAUUGCAUUUCAAUGUGUUUUCCCAAUUAUUAUCAUUCCAUUAGUUCUCAAGUUUCCAGAAUCACCCAGAUGGUUGCUUCGUAAACUGAGAGAAGAAGAAGCCCGGAUUGUGUUCUCUGCUUUAUAUGACGCGCCAGUCGACGACCAUUUGGUGAAUGCUCUGGUAGAUGAGAUCAAGCAAUCGAUUGCCAUUGAAGAGAAAGAAGGUGCAGACAAAUUCAAUAUGAGAAGUCUUUUGUUCCAAGGUGAUACCAAAAACUUCCAAAGAACUAUGCUUGCCGCUUGGUCACAGAUUAUGCAACAAAUAACAGGUAUCAAUUUAAUUACCUAUUAUGCUGGAACAAUCUUUGAACGGUAUAUUGGGAUGUCACCAUUUAACUCGAGAAUUUUGGCCGCAUGCAAUGGUACAGAGUACUUUUUAGCAUCAUUGUUGGCCUUUUGGACCAUUGAAAGAUUUGGUCGUAGAAACUUAAUGAUGGUGGGUGCCGCUGGACAAGCAGUUUGUAUGGCGAUACUUACAGGAACAACUUGGGCAGCAGAUCCUGAGCAUAAUGAUAGUCAAGCUGCUGGUAUUAUCGCUGCCCUUUGUCUCUAUUUGUUUAACACAUUCUUCGGAUUCUCAUGGUUGGGUAUUGCAUGGUUAAUUCCACCAGAAAUUCUUCCUCUUGGUAUUCGUGCACCUGCAACUGGUAUCUCCACAGCUUGUAAUUGGGGCUUCAAUUUCAUGGUUGUUAUGAUCACUCCUGUUGCAUUCAAUAAUAUCGGAUCUUAUACAUACACUAUAUUUGCAGUGAUUAACCUUCUCAUGGUACCAGUUGUGUAUUUCCUUUAUCCAGAAACCGCAGGAAGAAGUUUGGAAGAGAUGGACAUUAUCUUUUCUCAAACACCUACUAAUAAACCGUGGAAGAGUGUCGCUAUUGCCCAUACAUUACCAUUUAUGCAUGCUGGUGCUGACGAUAACCGAGAUAUCGAAGCCAAACGCCAUGGGGAUGUUGAGCAUGUGGAAAUGGUGGGAGAUGAAGCUCUUACCACUAAGGAAUAGAAUCU